AUGUCUUCCAUCGCACGGCCACCAGACGCAUGUCUGGUGGCAAUUAUCCUGAUUGUGCGCUCGCGCACAGGCCCCCGCCUCGUCUUCCACUACCCGCCGAACCCGCUCAGCGAGAACCGCCUGAAGACGAGCACCAAGGGCGGGCGGCGCAUUUCCCGCACGCGCAGCCGCCAGGGUACUAGGAACGUUGAAUCCAGCUCGAGCGAUGAGUCGCUCAGCUCUGACGAGGAUGAGGAGGAGCGCGAGCCGAAUGCCGCAGGGCCGUCAGCGAACAUUCGUCGCGCGAGCAACUUCGGCCUAGAAGGCCAUGUGCCGGUCUCCGCGUCGCCGGGAGGUGGAGAGACGCACAGGCCUGGGUCUCUGGGGUCUGGCAGAGGAGCGUCGCUACGCAGACGGGGUGGUGGCGCGUCGGAUCUUGAGGAUGAUACUGGUGCGUCUGAUCGACCCGAGGAUGGGACCGGAGGCUCGUCGCGACCACCGUGGGAAUCGCUCCUGGGUUUGCCGGGCAGUAUAUGGGAAAAACUACUGAGUCCGUCUCGAUCGUGGCAUAAACGGCGGUAUGAGGUGGGGAUUAACGACCUGGCGCUCAUUGGGUGGCCAGUCUUCGUGCGUGAGGACGGGACCUGGCGCAAGCAACGGCGGAAGAAGAAAAAGAAGCACCAGGCUGAAUGGGAUGGCGGAGAGUUGGGGCACAAUGAGAGCGCGGAAGAUGGACAAGGUGAAGAGGAUGCGACUACAUCUCCUGACCUCGGAGGGAGCGUUGCUACGAUUACCGAAUUGUCGUUGACCGCGUCACCGACGGAGAUGAAGCGUGCGUCGACGGCUAGUGUGAAGACGGGGAAACAGCAGGACGAUUCUUUCGACCCCGAGGACAACGACCAUAUGACGAUGUUCAAUGUCGUUUUUGUUAUGGAUCCUCCUUUACUCGAGUAUUCCAUGCGUGUCCGCGAGAUCUAUGAGAACAUCAUCAAGAAGUUUGCCAAAGCUCUCAAAUGGGAGCAGGCCCGCACAGAUUACGUGUGGAAGGAAUCGCAACAUAUCUUGGGAAUGCGGCGCAAGGCGAGAGAAACAAGUAAGUUCUUGACUCUAGGCACAUCUGAUCAUUCAUGUAUCCUGACAUUGAUGCCAGAAACUUCGGUUCAGAAUCUAUACUCCGAAAUGAUAUCCCAAUCAUCUCUGGCAAGGGCUAUUUAUACAGUCUACAGCAGCAUCUCGGCAUCAAAGAUCGCAUCAGUAUCUCUCAGCCCCGAUGUCUCCAUAUCCCUACAGAUCCCUCCUUUGACAUCCACUGCCUACCUGGCUGGACCAGCCGACAAAGCAUACCCAGGUCUUUGGUUGACUACAGCGGACAGCGCCACCCCAGUUGAUGAUCCAGGCAAUGAUGAGAGCAGUACACCCCAUCAAGUACUAGCCAAACAUUUUGCUCUACUUUUACUUGACAGCGAGGCAUCGAUCAUCAAAGAUGUUGAAGCUUCCGGCGGCACGCUAGCCCCAGCGCUGGCACAUUACAUCCGAUGUUCCAAGCCCACCAAGUCAUUCGCUCAAAUAUCAGCGUCCUCCGGAAUCCCACUGUCGACAAUCCAGAUGCUGGCAAGCCACCUGGUAUACUGGCGUCGGGCCCGCGCAAUUCCCCCCAUCCACCAACGAGACACCUACAUUGUCUCACCGAAUUGCGACUUGAGCAAAUUGGAAAUUGCUACGAUUGCCUACCAACAUGCCUUCCCGACGCUGCCUAGUCUCCCAAAGAUGCUUUCUGCACUCAGCGGGACACCUCGGGCCUAUGCUAGCUUCAUCCCCAGCAAAGAUCACAAAGAGACGUACUUUGCCAUUCUGGCCUGGCUCCUUCGGGGUGGCUGGGUCACGCAGCUGCGAACUUUCGCUCGUAUCAAAGUCACCCCGGAAAUCAAACUCGCCGUGGAGACUGCCCUUCGAAAGGAAGAGGUAGACCGAUAUCUGGCCAAGGGCAGUGCCAGUUCCGUCGCUAAUGACGAUUCCUCCGACGAUGAUGAUGCCAACUCGUCGUCGUCCUCCUCUCUCGCCAGUCACGGCAGCGGCGACGAGACACCCAUGCCCGGACGCGCCGAUCCCCGCGCGCGACUUCGUAAUUCCCACAAGCUCCUCGACCGGUCCACGACCCUCCGCCGCUCAUCCCUGAUCCUUUCUCCACACCGUGCUUCGCCGCUCGAGUCGCGGUGGCUUGACGAGAUUGUCUCCCGGUUCCCCGACCAGACGGGCCUCGGUCACAGCCUGGAGGGUGCGAGCCCGGACAUUGCGCCAAACGAUCUGCAGACCAUUCUGCAGAAGUACUGGCCCGUGUUCCUGAAGUACUUUAAUGGCUAUGACGCGCUGGAGAAGAUUCCCGUACGUGAGAGCCUGAAGCGCAAGUUGGUCUGGCAGGUCCUCACGCGGCUUGGCUUCGUGACUGGGCCACCGGGCGCGGUCGAGCUGGAUGCGCGAGAGCAGGUGCUCAUCAGUGUGCGACAUUGGUAG